AUGGUACCUGAAGAUCUGCUCACCGCUGAGCCAGCGCUCACUUUGAAUGAUGUCAGUGUGUUGGAGGCCCCUUCAGAUGAUCAGGCUCCCAGUUCGGAGAGGACCUCUAUAAAGGAUUCAGAUCAGUCUCGUGAAAAUGGGCAUGUCAACCCCGGGCACGUACACCUUGAGACGAACGAGAAAGAAGUCGACAAUAUGAGCGAAACUCUGACGCGGUCCAAGCAACAUCUGUGGCUGUCAACUGAGCCCGAGAACUACGUCCCUAACCACCCUAUCCCCCGCGUGUCCGAUCACCGGAACAGAGACAUCAUUCUCCGAAGCCCUGGGAACAUCACUCUGGACGUCAACAUCCGAGUCGGUGGGAAAGCGCCUAAAUCGAUCCUCAACAUGACGUUCUCGGCAGGCAAGUGCGGUCGGCUCAUUGGCUUACAGGCUCUCAUAGCGGCGAAGGGCUCGCAAGACGCGAGACUGCUAGAUGCAGCGCUCCGUAAUGAUACCAGUCUCCUGCGUCUCGUCACUGAUCUCUGCAAGGUGACUUUCCGGUUGGAAGAAGACGGACACGUUGCCAAUCUGACCAUCGCACCAACAAAGAUCGACACGUCUUGCGUGUUUCCUGAGACCGAAUACGGGACUUGGUACUAUAGGAACAUAUUGAGGGGCAACCAGGAGGUGUACAUGGUCGAGGUCAAUAUUGAGCUGUAA